AUGACUCACGCCAAUACCCGUACAAUUUCCAGAAUAUCCAGAGAAUCCUACGGCACCGAAGACUAUGAGGGACCCUACCUAUUGAACCAUACAGAUAAGGACUUGUCAGAGGGCGGGAGUACUAUCAUGUUAGUCUCGUCGAUGCCUGACAGAGAACAGGAUCAAACGAGCAGCAUUGAAGACAGCAGAACACUUCGAAGCAGGAUUUCAAUCAGCGAUGAUGGUCGAGGCGACAUCGAAAUCAAGUCCACAUACACCAGAGAAUCCACUCAAACGGCCUUAUUCAUGGCUUCCCUUCACGAGCGCGACAAACAGCGGAAGGCGCGUCUAGGGCGUUGUUACGAUGCCAUGUCCCGGCGCGAGCGGGAAGAACACGCUCGACGGUUCUCACUUCAGCAAUUGGUAUACCGGUACUAUGUCGCUCUGCUUGAGAAAGAUGACUCAAACGACAGUGUGAAACGCAAACAUACCGCAAGCGGCCAUGAUCCGGAUUCAAGCGAAUUGAGGCAAGAGCUGCUUAUCAAGGCAGUAUCCAAAGCAGAGCGAGAAUUGCCUCAAGCUGGGAAAGUCGAUGACAGCAUGAAAGCCUCGGUGGCAAAACUCAUGAUUCAACGGGCUCUGCGAUACGAGAUGAAGAUAUGGAAUGACGCGAGACACUCAGAUGGAGCAGCAGAUUGGAUUUACCUUUUGCAUCAUUACACUUCAACGCACAAACACAACAUCAUGACAGAGACCACAUUCGUCCCAUCGUCCCGGUCAUACUGGACUCUGAAGAGCCUGAAUGUGGCAGAUGAGGACCGCAUGGAGACACUCCCUGUUACCACCGGAUCAGAGUACACCUACAAGCUGACUAUGCUUCCUAAGAAGUCUGGCUUCUACAUUGAGACGGAUAUCGUUCCGCUCGAUGAUGAUUUCGUUCAGGUCACGGUCGAUGGACAUGACAUGACGAUAGACAGCGACUUCAGCGUACCAGAGACCCAGAACGUGAUCACUAGCGUUCUACUCAAAGAAAUCGCUUUGCGAAGCGAUCUUAGUGACUGGCUGGUAGGAGCAAGCGAACUCCUGGCUGACAAGUCACCAGAAAAGGACCGUAUCGAAAAGCAGGAACAGAUCGAGAAAAUGUUGGAAGUUUACCACCGUCUUCAGAAUGAGAACGAUGGAAAACUGAACAAGAAUGAGGCCGCCUGCUGGAUCUUCGAUCCAGAAUAUUGGCAAUACCUAUGGACCGAGGAAGAUCGCCUGCGUCUGAGGGAAAAGGUUGAUGGAGUCUGUCGCAUCUUGACUGAUGUGCAGAAAAUUGAUCUUGUCGCAGCACAGAUUAUCGGGCAGACACUUCACCAAGCAAGGGGCCCAGAGAUAUGGGCGGUAGCCAUCCAAGUCAUGCAGGAGGCGCGAGAUCGGCGAGACCGGAAAGAGUCAGCUCAGGCAUACAAGGCUUGA